UGGAGCAGUGAACCAGCAGCAUUCAGCCUCUGGGCAGAAAAAGGAGCAGGCCCUAGCAGAGGAGAAGUUUGGAGGGUGUUGGUUUGCCUUCCCCUUGGGUAAAGGAUUUACCUGAGAGGAUCAAUAGGAACUUAGAUUUGGGCUCUUGGAAUCGGAGUGGUGUAGCCAGCAAAGUUGCAAGAUGCAGGCCUCUGUCGUUGCUCGCAAAAGUGACCUUGAAAAGCUGCCGAGAGUUGAAAGAUUGAAGGACAAAGUUUGUUUAUGCAGAUUUGGACUGAAAAGCUCUAUUUAAGAUGAAGAGAAGCUGUACUUCGGAGUUCAAGUCCAGUGCCAAGUAAAUGUUUCCCAGAGGAAUGAAGAGAAAAACCUCUACUUCCAUAAAGAGCAAAGACCUGCAGCUAACUGUAACUUAGACUAAGGAAUGAUAAAGAGGAACUGGAUAUUAGAAUGGCAGCUAGACUGUCUCCCCUGGAGUGAUCUGAUUGAGUCAUCUCGUUUCCUCCAUGGUUUUCUCCUUAUCUUCCUGGCAGUGGAUGAUCAAGCAGAGUUGUCAGAAUGUCCGCAGAAGGAGGAUUUGGUGGUACUAGCAGCAGUGAUGCCCAGCAAAGCUUGCAGUCCUUCUGGCCUCGUGUCAUGGAAGAAAUCCGGAAUUUGACAGUGAAAGAUUUCCGAGUGCAGGAACUCCCACUGGCUCGUAUUAAGAAGAUCAUGAAACUGGAUGAAGAUGUGAAGAUGAUCAGUGCGGAAGCCCCCGUGCUCUUCGCCAAGGCGGCCCAGAUCUUUAUCACGGAGCUGACUCUGCGAGCCUGGAUCCACACGGAGGACAACAAGCGCCGGACUCUCCAGAGGAAUGAUAUCGCCAUGGCAAUUACAAAAUUUGAUCAGUUUGACUUUCUCAUCGAUAUUGUCCCAAGAGAUGAGCUGAAACCUCCAAAGCGUCAGGAGGAGGUGCGCCAGUCCGUGACUCCUGCCGAGCCCGUCCAGUACUACUUCACGCUGGCUCAGCAGCCCACUGCGGUCCAAGUCCAGGGGCAGCAGCAAGGCCAGCAGACUACCAGCUCCACGACCACCAUCCAGCCUGGGCAGAUCAUCAUUGCACAGCCUCAGCAGGGCCAGACCACACCCGUGACCAUGCAGGUCGGAGAAGGUCAGCAGGUGCAGAUCGUCCAGGCCCAGCCACAGGGGCAGGCCCAGCAGGCCCAGAGCGGCACCGGGCAGGCCAUGCAGGUGAUGCAGCAGAUCAUCACCAACACAGGAGAGAUCCAGCAGAUCCCGGUGCAGCUGAAUGCCGGCCAGCUACAGUAUAUCCGCUUAGCCCAGCCUGUAUCAGGCACCCAAGUUGUGCAGGGACAGAUCCAGACGCUUGCCACCAACGCUCAACAGAUCACACAGACGGAGGUCCAGCAGGGACAGCAGCAGUUCAGCCAGUUCACGGAUGGACAGCAGCUCUACCAGAUCCAGCAAGUCACCAUGCCUGCCGGCCAGGACCUCGCCCAGCCCAUGUUCAUCCAGUCAGCCAGCCAGCCCUCCGACGGGCAGGCCCCCCAGGUGACCGGCGACUGAGGCCUGAGCUGGCAAGGCCGAGGACACCCAACACAAUUUUUGCCACACAGCCCUGGGCGACGGGCCCCGCCUCCCUCCCCAGAGGACCCUGCCGACCUCUGCGCCUCCUGCAGGCUCGGGCACUGGUGCACGACGCCCCGCGCCUGGGGGCCGAGAUUCUCCAGCAGAAAGAUGCAAUAUUUUUUAUUUCCUUCGUCCUCCCCCUUUUCUCCAAGGAAUCAAUAUUUCAGUCUGUUGAGCUGUGUGUCCGAUGCUAUGAAAUGAAAAUAUUAAAUAACAUAUUUAUGGCAUUUUCUCAAAGAUUGUGGUGGAAGAAAUAUUUCUUUUGUUUUUUUGGUCCUUCAGCGCCGCUUCUUUUAGGAGCACAUCUCCUCGGGGUGUGUAAUCUCCCGACUCUUAGGACAUCGCUGCCCCGGGGUUUGCCGCCUUGUCCUGCCCUCGGGUUAGGAUAGGCGACCGUGUGUGGCUUCUUUUUCCCGUGCCCUGCUCUUGCCCAGAGCUCUGUGGAUUUGCCUCUGGAAGCCAUGGAAACAUUCCUUGCGUUUAAGAGGCGAACUCCUUCGCCAUGGAGAGAGGAUGGUUUCAUUCCCAGACCCUUCGCUUCCGGGGACCCGAGGAGACUGGAGCUUUGCGCACUGGCCCCUUUCCCCCAUUUUUACAUUUAAAUACAUCAAAAAUUGUGCUCGUCUCCUUUGCUGCAUGGACUUCAAACUGCAUGAAAUGCAAUAAACCUCACUUUAGAUAAA